CCGAUUCUGGGAACCAUAAGAGGAAGCAAUAAUGAGUACUUCCAAAGGCAUGCAUAGAGAUAGAGGUUGCUCCCUGAAAGAGAAGAAGGUGCAGAACAGAACAGAGAGAGAGAGUAUGUGUGUGUUAAGGAUAUUGAAGCCUGAAGGACUGGUGGAGUAACAUAAGUAAAGGCUUUUGGCCAAUAAGUGAAGGACACUGAAUAAUGUGUUCUUGUAUUUGCAGGCUUUUUGGAUAGACAAGGUUACAUUAGAAUUGCAUAUAGCUUGAGUUAUAGAGAGAGAAAGAGGCAAGCAUGGUAGUGUGUUGAAUAAUUUGGGACCCUCAAGAGAGAAGUGUAGGUCCCACAUCACCGCCCAUGCGCACGCUAUCUUAUACCAAUAUCAAACCCAUCAUCGAUCCAAUUCCUUGGACCUAACCCUAACCCAAACCCAAAUGGUUCUUUCAACAAAAAAAAAGCAUCUAGCUAGCACCAUCAUCAUCAUCCCCAAUCCCCUUAUUAACCCAACACAAAAGCUCUCCAACUUGUUCUCUUCCCCCUUUUCCUUUCUUUACAAUACACUCUCUCUCUCUAGAGAUUACCUUAUUUCCUCCAAACCCUGAACUACCUACCACCUCUUUACUUCCAUAAAGCUAGCUAUCAACACCAAAUGGUACUUGAUUCAGCUCAAAAUUCGGUGGUGGGUUUUUCCAAAGCAAUUUCCUUUCUCGUUCAAAGUAAGUGCUUCUAAGUAGAGCAUGCGAUAAGCUCUUCCCUUCCCACACCUCAAAGCAACCACACCAAAAAACAACAAAACAUAGAAUCCAAUCCAACAAACUAAGAAACAAAACCAAAACUAGAUCCCACCUAUCUCUUGCUCCUUUCUAUUUUUUGUUCUCUCUCUUCAAUUUUUCAGGCUUGUGAGGAUCAAAGCAAAGCAAGUCAAUGGAUCAAGUAACAGCACAAGGGCGUCCUCUUCCUCCUCCUUUUCUCACCAGAGACCUCCACCUACACCCUCACCACCAGUUUCAAUCCCUUCACAACCACCAAAACAAUGAAGAUGAACAGCAAAGCGGCAAUGGCAACUUGACCCGCGGCCAGAAGCGAGAUCGCGGCGACGACAACGCCGCCACCACUCCCACGGGUGCUGAUGUGAAAGAUGAGGGCGGCAGUGGUAGCGGCAGCGGAGAAAUUUCAAGAAGACCAAGAGGAAGGCCUGCUGGUUCCAAGAAUAAGCCCAAGCCGCCCAUUAUCAUUACUAGAGAUAGCGCCAACGCUCUCCGAUCUCAUGUCAUGGAGGUCGCCAACGGCUGCGACAUCAUGGAGAGCGUGACGGUCUUCGCCCGGAGGAGGCAGCGUGGAGUGUGCAUCCUUUCUGGGAGCGGCACAGUCACCAACGUCACGCUCCGGCAGCCGGCUUCUCCGGGUGCGGUCGUCACGCUCCAUGGAAGGUUCGAGAUUCUCUCCCUGUCAGGGUCUUUCCUGCCGCCGCCAGCUCCACCGGCUGCGUCUGGCCUGGCCAUAUACCUGGCCGGGGGGCAGGGGCAGGUGGUCGGCGGCAGCGUGGUGGGACCUUUGCUGGCCUCAGGUCCUGUGGUCAUCAUGGCUGCUUCCUUUGGAAAUGCUGCUUAUGAAAGACUGCCCUUGGAGGAUGAGGAAACCCCAGCUACCGUUACGGGUAGCGGAGGAUUAGGGUCACCAGGGAUUAUGGGAACCCCGCAGCAACAACCGCAAUCGCAACCACAACAGCAACAACUCAUGCCGGAUCCUAAUGCUUCACUCUUCCAUGGAGUGCCUCAAAAUCUUCUCAAUUCAUGCCAAUUACCAUCUGAGGGUUAUUGGAAUGGCAGUGCUCGCCCACCUUUUUAACCAAAUGUUUUCAUGCUUUUCAGAUCAGUUAAUUAUUAUCUUUGUUUUGUUUUGUUUUUGUCCUUUUUUUCACUUUAUCACUGUUCAUUCUCCUUCUUCCUUUUAUAACUUAGUUUACGCUUAAUUAAAGCCUUUCUUUGAUCUCGGUGUUGAUGAAUUGAAGAAGGAUGUAUAAAUUCAUGGAUUUUUUGUGGGGUUUGAUGAUAUUAAUUGCAUCUUAAUGGUUGUUUUUCUCGUUCA